AUGCAAGCCAGACUAGAAAGAUACGCUUUCAUGGCAUAUUUUUACUUGGCAUCUCCUCUCCUGCUGAUGGAGCUUCCGCGGCCGGCUCGGCCGGUCCUCCUGGCCAUCCUCCUCUUGUCGCUGGCCGCGCAUUCACACACGCAGACGACUUACGACGAGUUCCUGGACAGCAUCGAGAGCGUUCUUAACGGUUCCAAGCCCCUCGGCAAGAUUGACUCCAUGCUGUUCACGCAAGCCAAUCAGUACAACCUGGCUCGCAGCAAUAAAGCCGGCACCAAAUCCGUCUCCCCCAGAUCUUCCUUCCGCGGCAGCAACUCGCUCCCCAGCUCUGCCGCUUCAGACCCGGGCAUUGACAGUGGCAGCGGCGGUAGCGGCGGUAGCAGCGAUACCGGCAGCAUCACUGGGCUUCUCUCGCGUGUCUUUCGUAGUUUCUUCGGCGUCCGCUCCACCAGCGCGACAACAUCAGGGUUUCCCAAACCGGUUCCGCCGCUGUCCACCUUCCAGAGCGGCGUGCAAUGGCUUAGCAGCAGCGCGGCUGCCAGCAAAUCGAACCGGGCUAAGCUGAACUUUCUACUUAAGCUGUUGGGACAGCCAAGCCUCGAUAAGGCUCUGGGAAAAAAGCAGUCCGCUUUUUUCAUACCCUCGGAUGCGAAUGUUACGUUGGAGGCGGAAGGUAUUACAAACCUUACGGCCGCGCAAGCUACAGUCCCAAGCACUGUACCGACGGCACCGGCGCAAGUUUCCGGGCAGAGUUACGGUCAGAGUUUUGCGAUGAUGAGUUCCGGCACUGUUGGGGUGCUGCGCGACGACGACGAUGACGACGAGUCGCGGAGAUGCCGAGGCGGGCGACAGUAUCGCAUCGAAUGCGACGAUGACGACGAGGAGGACGAUGACGAGCCUGAAUGCAUCGAGCCGACUGGGAGAGUGCGAAUCAUCAAAUACACCUCCCCCGAGAACGUCUCAUAUGUGCUCCUCCGAGCCAAGAGCAAGUGCUUAGCUGACGUGCGCAAGGUACAGAUCCGCAAUGCUCCUUAUGGAAAAACGGGGAGUCUUGUACUGGAGAUUCCGGGUUCGUGGCGGCUUGUAGAUGAUGAAGAAAUUGAGCUGGUUAAGCACACCUUCAUCACGACGUACGACUCAUUUCUCGACCAAAUCGAAAGCGUUCUUAACGGGUCCACGCCGCUCGGCAAGAUUGACUCCAUCUUGUUCACGCAGGCCAAUCAGUACAACCUGUUCCUCAGCAAUAAAGCCGGCGCCAAUUCCGCCUCCUCCGCAUCCUCCUUCCGCAACGCCGCUGCCUUUAGCACCACAGGAGAUACGGGCGGCACUGGUGGCGGCACUGGCGGGGGCACUGGUGGCGGCACUGGCGGGGGCAGUGGCGGCGGCAGUGGCGGGGGCAGCGGCGGAAGCGGCAGCAACCUGGGCCCUUUCUUACGCUUCAUCCUUUCUCUUAUCCUUUCUGCAUCCAAAUCAAAGACGCCCUCUCUCGCCCUCCUUCAGAGCAGCGUGCAAUGGCUCAGCACCAACGCGACCGUGAUCAAAUCAAAUCUCAAGAAGCUGAACUCGAUCCUCAAGCUGCUCCGGCAACCGAGCCUCGCGAAAGCGCUGGGGUCCAUGCGCUGCGCGUUCUUCAUUUCGCCCGGCUCAAAGGUCGCGCUAGAAGCGGAAGGGAUCACGCAGCUAGCAGCCGCCCAGAACGCGGUCCCUGCGACGGUGCCGAAAUCGGGGGAACAGAGCGACGAUGGUGGGGAAGGUGAUGAGAGACCGCGGGGUGGGAGGCAGUAUCGGAUUGAGAGUGACGAUGACGAUGAUGAGGACGAUGACGAUGACGAGGAUGAGUGCGUGGAGCCAACAGGAAGAGUGCGGAUCAUCAAAUACACAUCCCCUGAGAACGUCUCCUAUGUGAUCCUCCGAGCCAAGAGCGAGUGCCUCGCCGAUGUGAGAAAGGUACAGAUCAGAAACGCGCCCUACGGGAAAACGGGGAAGCUUGUAAUGGAGAUCCCGGGUUCGUGGAGGCUUUGGGAGGAAGAUGAAAUCGAGCUGGUUAAGCACACCUUCAUUGCCAAUGCGAGCAGUGUGACUGUAUCGAACGGGCAGACUUUGGAGAAGGCAAUUAUAUCCAUGACUCAGGCGCCGUGGAACUAUUAUGCUAUUUUCACCACGAAAAGCAAGCCAAACGGGGCAAUGAGGGGCCAAUUCUGGAAGCCCUUCUGCCCUUGGUGCGCCAACUUCACAUUUACUGGAACCUAA